AUGUCAGAACCAGACAACAAGCUUGACCACGUUAUUGCUGCCGCUUUUGGGCUCUACGAGUCUAACAGAAACAAUUUUCUCAUAAUCCUCAAACUCGGUAUAGAGCACAACAUUGCUGGAAGUUAUACGAAGGGUGAACUUGGAUCUGUUGCUGCUCAUGUUAAUGAUAUCAUUGAGUCUGGAAAGAUCGAUGGCCUUGGAAACAACCCGAGGAGGAAGAUAACUGGCCCCAAGUGCCUAGAACGUCUACAGGAAAUUGAGAAGAGUCCCGAUCCAACAUUCAAAUAUGCCACUGUACCAGAGAACGCAUCGGAGCUAUAUAAAUGA